AUGGGAUGGGCUGAUGCCAUUGACACUUGCACCGCCAUGGGUGGAGAUUUAGCGAUCGCCAAAUCACUCUUGGAGCAUCAGUUCAUCUGGGGCGUUUUCAAAGAAAGUAAUCACACUUCAGGGGGUGUUUGGGUCGGUUGUACUAUACGCAAUGGCCAAGAUAAGUGGGUGGAUCACCGCGGGACAGAGUGUAAGUACUUCAACUGGUACUGGGCUGAACCCAACGAGGGUUAUCUAGAUGAAAAUUGCAUUGAGAUGAGGCGGCAAUACUACGGACAAUGGAAUAACAUCCAAUGCCUUCAUGACAAUUCCGUGGUGUGUCAGCAUUCUGCCAUUCAACCAAUCACACCAAGGCAUUCUGCCACUCAACCAAUCGCGCCGGCGAUGGAGUGCCUUCGGGCUAAUGCAAAUGGCCGCUUUGCGCCCAAAAUGUAA